AGUUACCGAAUGAUUUUAAAAUCCGAACAACGUUCGAAAGUGGGUGGGUGGGUCAGAAGGCUGUUCGAAUUAGAAAUCAUUUGAUCACUGCGCAUGCGCAGAUUUCUUUAUUGUCCAGUGGUGAUGAAAAAGCAGCUGACUCUCUUUGGUGUACGGAAGAGGAAGAGAGAGCCUUUCUUCCAACGCAGUGCAGAUGACAGUGAUUACACACGAGUGAUCGAAACUCUGUGGCAGCAAGAUGCUGGACAGCGCACUCGCAAGGACUUCUUCAAGUGGGCGCAAGGCCAAUGGCGUGACAAGUACUCGAAGGACAGGAAGGCAAGAGAUGAUGUGAUAGCCAAGAGCGUUGGAGUAUGAUGGCUUUCCCGUCACGUCGUCAAGUGUGAUGUGUCUUGAGAAACCAUCUCCGUACAAUGAUCACAGCAAGCUUACUGAGUUUGCAGCAGCUGGCAGUACAAAGCUGAAAGCAGAUGAAGGCAUGAAAUGUAUCCUGAAUGAAUUGCAGUUUCUGCAUUCACAUGCUGUGCGCAAGACGCACAUGCUUCAGUUUAUGAAGUGUGACUCUGGUAGCUGUCAUCACUGUUCUACUCGUCCCGUGAGAGCCACAACGGCUGUGAACUUCCUCCGCAGGCAUGGGGGUUGUUUGAUGACACCUCGGCCAAGCAACAAUCAUGAGGGUCAUUACUGUACUUUCCUCGAAGCUGCACUGAUGGAGGAUAUGGGUUGCAAGCCCCUCCAACUAGAUUAUGGUUUGCCGUCUCUUCUAGGAAAGGUCAACCAUGUCUGUGAACUUUGCAAUCGGUAUGUUUUCCAAUCUGAGGCAGAUAGGACACGCCACUUGCAAAGGAUUCAUAACCGUUCAAAGAGAAAAGAGGCUGUCCAGGCACACACAGAACAGCAGGCUGCACCUAAACCCUCUCACAAUUGUACAUACACUGGCUGUGGCCACAUAUUCAGCACCCAGUACCAACUACAACGCCACAAACAAGAGACAGGGCACAAGCGCAGGGCUGGAAGAAAGAAGAAGGGAACAUGCUGACUCUAUAGUCUAUUAAACUGUUUAGUAGAGUACACGAUGUGAUUUUGUUCGAUAAAUAGAAGUGGGUACAGCGUAUAAUAGCUGCGAGGAGAAAUUGUUUCAUGACUAUGGACAGCUGUUAGGAUUAGGUAGGUGGGUGGGUGGGUAAGAAGAAAUUCUAACGUUGUUCGGAUUUUAAAAUCAUUCGGUAACUACGGACGGC